AUAAAUAUGUCCACAUCUGCAAGUAAAUUUUACAGGAUAUUUAACCUUUUCAGGAAAUUGUAAUGGCAACGCUAGAUCUUAACUAUUAUGUAUGUGGCUAACACUACCAAGAUAACUUGUAUUCAUAAAGUAAAACAGGAAUAUAGUAAAAAUCUAGCUAGUUGCAGUCAGAUGUUACAAAAUACUUGCUAGAUACAUUGAUGCAUCAUCAUGAACGAGGAGGAAGAAAUGGACGAACUCGGAGAGAAACUCUAUGACCUCAUAUUUUCUAAACAUGGAGAAAUCGCGGGUAAACUGACUGGGAUGAUGCUGGAACUGCCUGACAAAGUCAUCAAGCAGAUGUUACAAGAUGAGUCUGUCCUUAAUGAUGGAAUAAGCAGAGCACUUCAGGCUCUCAGCCCAGACAGUCAGGUGGUGUGUGAGGUAGAGGAGACAUCUGCCUCUUCGGACUCUUUGGGUGAACGACUCUACGAUCUCAUCGACCUUCACAACACCGGCCACACACACAAAAUCACAGGCAUGCUGUUGGAACAGAACAAGGAGGCCAUUCUUCAAAUCCUGUCAGAUCCUGAAUUGCUGGAAAAGAAGAUCAACAUUGCCUUAAAAACACUGCUUGAUAGGCAGGAGGAGGAGGGAACCAACAUGAUUGAAAGCUCUGAUUCCGAGGUUGAAUCCGAAUCCGUUGGAGAAAAACUGUUCAACCUUGUGAAACAGAUAGACCCCACCCACUCAGCUGACAUCACAGGUAUGCUGUUGGAGAUGGACUCAAAGAGCUUGAAUCAAGUCAUGAAAGACCACUCCAUGCUUGAGGUUGCCGUUAAAAGGGCACAGAGUGCUCUGCAAUCACUCACCCACACCCACAGUUCGGAAUAAUGUGAGAUGUGUUCAUUCAUUGAAGCUGAAUUGCACAGUUGCCCGCCAUCACAGGCCAACAGACAUGAGUCAGACAAUUCCUUGCCCAGUUCCUGUAUGUGGACAGAGGAAAGGACUCCAACCCAAGCGACGAGUAGAGAAAUCCUGCUAUUGCAGGAAGGAAGCCAUGUUGGUUGAUGAGAUGGUUCAGUCAUGUUGAACUUCUAUGACAUUAUAGCUCCAAUACCAUGUUUGUAUUUUUUUUACAAUGAUUACUUGGUUUUCUUUUCCAAGUUCACAACUGAAAAACUGUUCUCCUGGGUCACUCAGGAAAUAUUUUUUCUGUGAAAGAGUAGAAAAGGAACAUUCAGUUUGUCCUUAAGAGUAUUCAACUGUUGAUAUGGACUGGUUAUUGAACAUGUCCCUAAUCCUUGUCCAAGUUGUAUGUUUCGUCUGAAGUAUAUACUGUAUCUAAUGUCCCCUAUUAGAGCAUUGUCUGGACAGUAAAUAUCUGCUAAAUAUCAUUAGCUACAAUACAACUGCAUCACAAGUUAACUCAACUUGAGGCUGUGUGAGAAAUAAAAAAAUAAAUCCGGUAGUUAUUAGCUCGUCAGGUGUGUUACAUCAACAGCCAAUAUUCGUCACUCUACUUCCCGGCUCACAUGUUUUUGUGACACUGGUUACAAAGUGUGUAAGAAUGGUGUGUAUGGUGUAUAUGUUGUGUACUUUCCAGCCUGAGGUAGCACCAUUAAGAUUUCUAUUGGACUGCCUAGUAUGUCG